AUGGAAUACCUGAACGCUGGCCUGGACGCCGUCCAGUCGCAGCUCGCGUGGGUCUCCACCGAGUCCUUCGACUGGAAGCUCUACCUCCAGGCGUCCUCCUGGGCCGUCUGUCUCUUCGAGUCCUACCUCUUGCUCCGCCAGUACCCGCUCUACUCAAAGACCGAGCCGCCCCCUGCUCUAGCGGACCACUUCAAGCCCGAGACGUUCAAGAAGUCGCAGGAGUACGGCAAAGACAAGGCCAAGUUCUCUCUCAUUUCCGGGCUCCUCAAGCAGGUCGUCGACUCGGUCUUCAUCCAACUCAACCUCGUCGCAUGGUGUUGGAUUGCGGGUGGAUGGAUCGUGAACAAGCUAGGGUAUGGGCCGGAGUACGAGAUCGUGCAGUCGAUCGCGUUCGCGUUUGUGCUCUUCUUCAUCUCGAGCCUGCCCUCCCUCCCGUUCUCCCUCUACCAGACCUUCGUCCUCGAGGAGAAGCACGGCUUCAACAAGACCACGCCUUCUCUCUUCGUCACCGACCUACUCAAGAGCUGGCUUAUCGGCUUCGCCAUCGGUGCCCCUUUCCUCGCUGCGUUCCUCUCCAUCUUCAAGUGGGCGGGCGACCGCUUUGUUCCAUGGCUCAUGGCGUUCCUGCUCAUGUUCCAGAUGUCGAUGGUCGUCCUCUACCCGACCGUCAUCCAGCCGCUCUUCAACAAGCUCUCCCCCCUCUCCGAGGGCGACCUCCGCGGGCGUAUCGAGGCGUUAGCGUCGAAGCUCAAGUUCCCGCUCAAGCACCUGUACGAGAUUGACGGCUCGAAGCGGAGCUCGCACAGCAACGCGUACUUCUUCGGCCUCCCCUGGAGCAAGCACAUCGUCAUCUUCGACACGCUCAUCAAACAGAGCAAGGCGGAGGAGGUCGAGGCGGUCCUCGCACACGAGCUCGGUCACUGGUACCACAUCCACCCGACGAAGCUCCUCCUCGUCUCGCAGGUGCACAUCUUCACCAUCCUCGCCCUGUUCCCCGCCUUCCUCCAUGCCCCGCCGCUCCUCGCCGCGUUCAACUUCCCCACCGCCGUCGCCGCACAUCCGCCGACCAUCGUCGCCUUCCUUCUCUACCAGAUGCUGCUGACACCGAUGGAGGCCAUCGUCGGGAUUGCGAUCAACGCGAUCAGCCGCCGGUUCGAGUACGAGGCCGACCGGUUCGCAUGCGAGCUCCAGACGAUGCUCAGCGAGGCCAAGAUGGCGGACAUGGGCGACCGCCUCGGGCGCGCGCUCAUCGCGCUCCACGUCGAGAACCUGUCCACCGUCUGGGUCGACUGGCUAUAUUCGGCGUACCACCACUCGCACCCGACGCUGACGGAGCGGCUCCGCGCGCUCGAUGGGUACAAGAGCGCUGCGGCCGCUGCGAACACCGCCGCGCAGAAAAAGGAGCUUUGA